AAAAAUCCGAGCUUGCUUCCCCACGACAACCGACGUCGGCAGUCCAUUCCAUCACCCAUUAUCGGAUUUCCUGCACACCUUGAACGAUGGCGUCCAUGUUCGAGCAGUCCGGGAGCGGUACCCUGUUCCUCGGCGGCCAGAAGAUCUCUGGCAGUGAUAUCAGAGACCAGAACGUCCUUGCGACCCAGGCCAUUGCGAAUGUCGUCAAGAGCUCCUUCGGCCCCAGCGGCCUCGACAAGAUGAUGGUCGACGACAUUGGUGACGUCACCGUCACCAACGACGGCGCGACCAUUCUCAGCCUCCUCGACGUCGAGCACCCUGCCGGCAAGAUCCUCGUCGACCUGGCGCAACAACAAGACAAGGAGGUCGGCGAUGGAACCACAUCGGUCGUGCUCAUCGCGUCUGAGCUGCUGCGGAGGGGCAACGAGCUCAUGAACAACAAGAUUCACCCGACCACCAUUAUUACUGGUUACAGGCUCGCCCUGCGCGAGGCGGUCAAGUACAUGAACGAGAACAUCAGCACCAAGGUUGAGAACAUCGGCCGCGACUCCCUCAUCAACAUCGCCAAGACGUCCAUGUCCAGCAAGAUCAUCGGCGCCGAUUCCGACUUCUUCGCCAACAUGGUCGUUGACGCCAUGCAGUCCGUCAAGACGACCAACAACCGCAACGAGAGCAAGUACCCCGUCAAGGCUGUCAACAUCCUCAAGGCCCACGGCAAGGGUGUCCUCGAGUCGGUCCUCAUCAAGGGCUACGCCCUCAACUGCACAGUCGCCUCCCAGGCCAUGCCCACCAGAAUACAAGAUGCUAAGAUUGCCGUUCUCGACAUGAACCUCCAGAAGGAGCGCAUGAAGCUCGGCGUCCAGAUCACCGUUGACGAUCCCCGGGGGCUCGAGCAGAUCCGCGCACGCGAGGCUGGCAUGGUGAUCGACAGGGUGGAGAUGAUUCUCAAGGCCGGGUGCCAAUGUCAUCUUGACUACCAAGGGCAUCGACGACCUCGUGCUGAAAAUGUUUGUCGAGAGUGGCGCCCUGGGUGUGAGGCGUUGGUAUAA